AUGGCGGGCGCGGGGCACUGGCCCAACAGCGAGGCCGACUACGAGCUGCUCGAGGUUAUCGGCGUCGGCGCCACGGCGCAGGUGCACGCCGCAUACUGCGCCGCGCGCCAGGAAAAGUGCGCCAUCAAGCGCAUCAACCUCGACAAGUGGAACACCUCCAUGGACGAGCUGCUCAAGGAGAUCCAGGCCAUGUCCAGCUGCAACCACGAGAACGUCGUCACCUACUACACCAGCUUCGUCGUCAACGAGGAGCUGUGGCUCGUGCUGCGCCUGCUGGAGGGCGGCUCGCUGCUCGACAUCAUCAAGCACAAGAUGCGCGUGUCCAACUGCAAGCACGGCGUGUUCGACGAGGCCACCAUCGCGACCGUGCUGCGCGAGGUGCUCAAGGGGCUCGAGUACUUCCACCAGAACGGGCAGAUCCACCGCGACAUCAAGGCCGGCAACAUCCUGCUGGGCGACGACGGCGCCGUGCAGAUCGCCGACUUCGGCGUGUCCGCCUGGCUCGCCACCGGCCGCGACCUCUCGCGCCAGAAGGUGCGCCACACUUUCGUCGGCACGCCCUGCUGGAUGGCGCCCGAGGUCAUGGAGCAGAACCACGGCUACGACUUCAAGGCUGACGUGUGGUCGUUCGGCAUCACCGCCAUCGAGAUGGCCACCGGCACGGCACCCUACCACAAGUACCCGCCCAUGAAGGUGCUCAUGCUCACGCUGCAGAACGACCCGCCCACGCUCGACACGGGCGCCGAGGAGCGCGACCAGUACAAGGCCUACGGCAAGACCUUCCGCAAGAUGAUCGCCGAGUGCCUGCAGAAGGACCCCGCGCGGCGGCCCUCCGCCACCGAGCUGCUCAAGCACUCCUUCUUCCGGAAGGCGAAGGACCGUCGCUACCUCGUGCAGACGCUGGUGUCCAUCGGGCCGAGCAUGGACGUGCGCGUGCUGAAGGCGAGCAAGCGGCAGCCGGGCGCGUCGGGCCGCUUGCACCGCACCGAGACCGGCGAGUGGGUGUGGGAGAGCGAGGACGAGGGGGAGGACGAGGAGGGCGCCGCCGACCGCCCCAUGAACACCCUGCCGCGCGCCGACUCCAGCGACAGCGAGGACGAGCCCGCCGGCCCGCAGGUCGACCUCGUGCUGCGCGUGCGCAACGCCCGCAAGGAGCUCAACGACAUCCGCUUCGAGUUCGCCGCCGGCAAGGACUCGGCGGAGGGCAUCGCGGCCGAGCUGGAGGGCGCGGGGCUGGUGGCGGCGGCGGAUGCGGGCGCGGUGGCGGCGGCGCUGCGCGGCCUGGUCGGCGCGCACCUGGCGGGCGCGGGCGGCGCGCGCUCCGUCACCUUCCGCCUGCCGUCCGCUGACCCCGCCGAGCCCGCCGACGAAAAGGGCCUGGUGGGCUACGCGCAGAUCUCCAUCGUGGACUAGACUGACCCGACGCCGGACAAUAACUACCGUAGGUGGCUGCCGCUCCCCGCCGCCCGCGCCGCGCCUCGGCGACGCGGGGCGGGGCGCGCGCGCCGUAGUUUGUAAUUUUGUAACUAUCCGCGCUAAACGAUAUUUAUGCAAAGUAUCUACGUAUGUUAUGGGUAAAUAAUAUGGAUUUCUUUAGUAUUGUUUAUGAUCGUAGUCGUAAGAAUGAAUCUGAAUUUAUAGUUUUGUACGUCCUCGGCGUCGCUCCGGCGGGUCGGCACUGUAGUGUAUGUGAAUUGAAAAUGCUCAAAGUAUGUUAAGCGCCGGGCCGCGAGACCGGGCGGUCGUGUUUCCUAUAUUAUUUAAGCCGCCGCCCGCGCCGUGAGUGAUGUGACUGACCGUAAGCAGGACGUAGUACGAUGGAGUACAAUAUAUAAUCGGCCGGCAUUACAGUGUUCGAACGUACAGAUGCGAUUUUUUACGUUGUUAUUUGUUGCUUAUUUUGGAAUUGUUUUUGAAAUAAAUGAGAAUAAAAUCUU